AUGUCCCAGCCCCCGUACGGCAUGUCAUCCCGCUCGCCCCCGCCCCUCCAGCACCCAAAACCCACCCACAUCGCCUACCCGCCCCCGGAGCCACCCCGCACCCCCGCCCAGAGUACAGACUCCUCCCCCUACUCCCACCCCCAGCGCAUCUCCCAGGAUGGCUAUGUCCGUUACUCUUCCCCUGCUGUAGCCGACCCCAUGGAGGGAAGCACCUCUGGCUUCAACGCGUACGCGCCCCCAUCCCAUGGCAAACAGCCGCAGAUGCAGGCUAGACAGGCGUACGCGCCGGAAGGGCAGGGCGGGUAUGGCGCACCAAACUAUGGGCAAUGGCCCGGGAUGAACGACGCCACUACUCAGAUGGGUGUUCAGUUUGGAAAAAGUGCCGUCGCAGCCGGACAGGAAUAUAUGGAAAAGAAUUUUACGAGAUUCCUGCCCCUCCAACUCAUCAAAGUGUCCUUCUCGGUCACCAACCUCUAUGUUCUCAACAAGCUUCGACUCGUACUUUUCCCGUGGCGGCACAAGCCUUGGUCGCGUCAAACUCGGCGGACAGUAGACGGAGCUGUGGAAGGCUGGGCAGCUCCCCGAGACGACAUUAACGCUCCUGAUCUUUAUAUUCCCACGAUGGCCCUCGUGACCUACACCCUCCUUGCCGCCCUUGCAUCUGGUCUGCAAUCUCGUUUCCACCCCGAAGUCCUCGGCGUCUCCUUUUCCAAAGCCCUCGCCGUCGUCAUUACCGAAUUCUGCGCCAUCAAGCUCGGCUGCUACCUGCUUGACGUGCGAAACAGUGGCGCAUCGGGGGUGGAGCUGAUUGGUUACGGAGGGUACAAGUUUGUAGGGAUCAUCAUCACUGUCUUGAGCAGCCUGUUGGGGAUGGGCAGGAUGGUGACAAUAGGAGUGUUUGUCUACGUUUUCGGAGCCAAUGCUUUCUUCUUGUUGCGUUCUCUAAAAUACGUGCUCCUCCCAGACGCAUCCGUCUCCUCAUCUGUCGCUACCCUGAGCCACGCCCAACGUUCAAGGCGCAUCCAAUUCUUGUUCUUUGUGGCCGUCGCUCAAGUCCUGUGGAUGGGCUGGCUCUCAAGAGUAUAG